GUGAGGGACAGAGGGGAUAGUUUCCAUCAGCCACGGAGCUCAGCACAGGUCCAGCUCCACUCAGUCCGAACCACGCCCUGGGGGACAGGGGACUGUUGUCCCCCAAGUGUCCAAACUCCUGUGAUGGAAGGGACAAUGGACUGCGAAGAUGCGUUUUAGUUGGGUUACAGGUUGACAAGAUGAAGUUCGGGAAGAGCAUCUGCGUACUCAACGUAGGGGGAACCCGGUACGCCUUCACCCGCGAGGUGAUUAAGGAUUUCCCUCUCCGACGCGUCAGCCGCCUGCAUGCAUGCGCAACCGAGAAAGAGGUUCUUGAACUGUGCGAUGACUACGACAGGGACCGGAAUGAGUUUUUCUUUGACCGCCACGCGCAGGCUUUCGUGUUCAUCAUGCUCUACGUGCGCUCUGGUAAACUCCGCUUUGUCCCCGGAGUGUGUGAGCUGUCCUUCUACACAGAGAUGCUCUACUGGGGACUGGAGAGCGCGCACCUGGACUCCUGCUGCCAGAAACGCCUGGACGACAGGAUGUCCGAGAUCGGACUGGACACUCUGUCCGAAGUGGACGUCGGAGUGUCGGGGGAUGAGUCCCAGAGCUCGGGCGAGCCGGUGCCGGGGAUUGCGCUCACCGGUCGCGCUAAAUGGCUCGAGAAGAUGCGCAAGACAUUCGAGGAGCCCAACUCUUCGCUUUUGGCGCAGCUUUUGGCUUCAGUGUCUGUGAUCUUUGUGCUCGUUUCUAUGAUCAUGCUGUGUGCUAGUACACUGCCGGACUGGGAUACAGCCAAGAUAAAUUCUGUGGAGGAGCACAGGAUAGUGGAGGCAGUGUGUAUUGGCUGGUUUACAGCAGAGUGCAUAAUGCGCUUUCUGGUGGCCAGAAGCAAGUGGGACUUCCUCCGCCGGCCACUGAACAUCAUCGACGUGAUUGCCAUCACCCCCUACUAUGUCACAAUGGUUAUGGCCCGGGCAGGGAUGCCGGGAGCCGGGCUCGGGGUUGCUGGGGUGAUACUGCGUGUGCUGAGGAUGAUGCGAGUGUUCUGGCUAAUGAAGCUGGCCAGACACUUUCUGGGCCUCCAGACACUGGGGCUAACGCUCACGCGGUGCUACCGGGAGAUGGUCAUGCUGAUGGUGUUUGUCUUCGUCGCCAUGGCAAUAUACAGCGCUUUGGCCCAGCUGCUGGAGCACGGCUUGGACUUGGGAACCCGGAACCCGGAUUACGCCAGCAUCCCAGCAGCCGCCUGGUGGGUCAUCAUUUCCAUGACGACAGUGGGGUACGGGGAUGUGUACCCUGUGACAGUUGGGGGACGGGUGCUUGGGGGAAUGUGUGUAGUGAGCGGCAUUGUUCUCUUGGCACUUCCCAUCACAUUCAUUUACCACAGUUUUGUACAGUGUUACCAAGAACUUAAACUCCGCUCUGCCAGGUACGCACGCAGCCUGUCAGUGGAGAUGCUGCAAUAAACGUGCAUUUAUAUCAAAACACCUUUGGCCCUGCUUACAUCAGAAAGAAACUCAACAACCCAGUAGACCUGCUGAUCCCACUGUGAAAUAGUGAUCCAUUUUGUGCCCUGCCCUGUUUCCUGACUGAGCUAACCCUGUUUUUUUAUUUGGCCUGUCUAGUUCCAGCCUGUUGUGUUGAUGAUCUCCAAUUAUUGUCUCCAACCGGCAUGCUCUGCGCCCAUCUCCUUAACAACAUCACUUGGACAGAAGAGUAGGAAUACACAAAUAAUUAUUUAUUAAACACAAACAGGCGCAGUCAGUCCAGUUUUGACAGCGGCUGCUGUUUACACUGUAUUCCCAUGGUUACAACAUUGGCAGAGACGGCUGCAUCCAGUGUGUGUGUGUGUGUGUGUGUGUGUGUGUGUGUGUAGGUGUGGGUGUGUGUGUGUGUGUGUUUGUUUGUCAGCCUUUCACUAUGUGUUAUAGCACCCAGGUGGGACAAGUUACACAAGAUUGAUGUGUGACCUAGAUGCAUUCUGUUAAACCUGUGAAAUAUAGACAUGAAGUGAAGAAGUGAGUGUUAAGUGGGGAUGCAGAAGGGGUAUAUAGAGGGCUUAGUUGUGUAGGAGGUGCCAGUGAUAAUGAAAUAUGGAGACAGGUCAUCAAGGACUACAAGGUGGCAGACAAAUGACGGAUUGACAGAUAUGAUUGAAUGUGAAAUGGAGGAUAAAAGAUUCUGGGACAACAAUGACAGAGAUGACAAAAUGUGGAACAACCCUGAGCACAAACAAUUAAUACUGAGAAUGUGUUGAUUCUCCAUUUGUGAGUGAAUGUAAGGCAAUUUGUAUUUCUGUGUCUCCAAGGCAACCUCCAUCCUCCAAAAUGCCAAUCAUAAUGGUGGUGGAUCUUGUGUGCACACAAAUAGGCCACAUCCACGCACACAACUCCUUGCUGCUACGCAGCAUUUUUGCAAUUAUUGGAAAGAUUGCAUAACAGA